CGGAAUUCGGGACCGCCUGACGGCUAGCAGGCUGCCCCGGACGGGAAGGCUAAAUUGAUCACCCACCCAGCACAGCAUCUUACAGGAAAAGCAUAGCAUUUCCUAGAGGAAUAUGAGCAUAACAGGAAGGUGUCAUUGACUCUGAAUUAAAUUUUUAACCUGUCCCUGAACAGCUACAGGAUUUGGAAGCUGAAUCAAUGUUAUCAGAUGAGUUAGAAUCCAAACCAGAGCUCCUGGUACAGUUUGUUCAGAAUACGUCCAUCCCGUUGGGACAGGGGCUAGUAGAAUCAGAAGCUAAAGACAUUACUUGCUUAUCCCUCCUUCCGGUGACUGAGGCCUCAGAAUGCAGUCGGCUAAUGUUACCAGAUGAUACUCCAAGUCAUACAAACUCCUCCAAGGAGGUCCCUUCCUCGGCUGUGUUGAGAAGCCUUCAGGUGAAUGUGGGCCCAGACGGAGAGGAGACGAGGGCUCAGACUGCACAGAAGUCCCCGGAGUUUUUGUCCACUCCAGAGUCUCCCAGCUUGUUGCAAGAUCUACAGCCAAGUGAUAGCACUUCUUUUAUUCUUCUUAACCUAACGAGAGCAGGUCUGGGCUCUUCAGCUGAGCACUUAGUAUUUGUACAAGAUGAGGCAGAGGAUUCAGGGAAUGAUUUCCUCUCCAGUGAGAGCACGGACAGUAGCAUCCCAUGGUUCCUCCGGGUUCAAGAGCUGGCUCAUGAUAGUCUGAUUGCUGCUACUCGCGCACAGCUGGCAAAGAGUGCAAAAACCAGCAGCAAUGGAGAAAAUGUCCACCUCAGUUCUGGUGAUGGGCAGCCCAAAGAUUCUGGGCCCCUUCCUCAAGUGGAAAAGAAGCUCAAAUGUACAGUUGAAGGCUGUGACCGGACAUUUGUGUGGCCAGCUCACUUCAAGUACCAUCUCAAAACACAUAGAAAUGACCGCUCUUUCAUCUGUCCUGCAGAAGGUUGUGGGAAAAGCUUCUAUGUGCUGCAGAGGCUGAAGGUGCACAUGAGGACCCAUAAUGGGGAGAAGCCCUUUAUGUGCCCCGAGUCUAGCUGUGGUAAGCAGUUCACUACAGCUGGAAAUCUGAAGAACCACUUGCGCAUCCAUACAGGAGAGAAGCCUUUCCUUUGUGAAGCCCAAGGAUGUGGCCGUUCCUUUGCUGAGUAUUCUAGCCUGCGAAAACACUUGGUGGUUCACUCAGGAGAGAAGCCUCAUCAGUGUCAAGUCUGUGGGAAGACCUUCUCUCAGAGUGGGAGUAGGAAUGUGCACAUGAGAAAGCAUCAUUUGCAGCUGGGAGCAGCUGGGAGUCAAGAGCAGGAGCAAACUGCUGAGCCACUAAUGGGCAGUAGUUUGCUUGAAGAGGCUUCAGUAACCAGUAAAAACCUGGUGCCUAUGAAUUCCCAGCCCAGCCUUGGUGGAGAGUCCUUGAACCUACCAAAUACCAAUUCUAUCCUAGGAGUUGAUGAUGAGGUGCUUGCUGAAGGAUCCCCACGUCCCCUGUCUUCAGUGCCUGAUGUGACACAUCACUUGGUGACCAUGCAGUCAGGGAGGCAGUCAUAUGAGGUUUCUGUCUUAACUGCCGUAAAUCCACAGGAGUUACUAAACCAAGGAGAAUUAACUGAAAGCCGGACAUGAGCAUGGGCACUGACUCCUGGAAGAGCAGCUCCGUCUGAUCCCAGAGUGCACGUAGUGGGAACAGGAUGCUUCUGGCUCAUGGUCUGCCAGAACCAAAAUGAAUCUGUGAAGGACAGGACCCCGCGUCUGCCUCUGUUCAUCUUUCCUGACAUAGAAGAUGAAUGUGGGAGAGCUUCUCUUCAAACCACAUCUGAUCCAGACAAGGAAGAAAGCAGUGAAUGUGGGCUGGGUAACUGUACCUACCUCUCUUCCCACUACAAAAUUUUGGGAAGGACUUCUCCCAAAAGGGAAUUGGAUUAUGUGUUGGCUGAAAUUUCUUCAGUAUGACUGUUGAGAUGGGAUUUUCCUCUGAAGAAUUUUCAUCCCCGACUCAGCUGUCUUUUCACAUGGAUGAACUAAGUCCUGCCACCAACCAUAAAACUUCACCAAGAAGUUGAGCUUUCAAGAUGCCUUGUUGCUUUGGAGAAGGGAGUGAUGCCAGUUCUGCUGUAGCAUUCUCCCUUUAGCAACCUGAGUAAGAGACUCUGCCGCUGGGCUGCAAAAAAAUAAAUUACUUGAAUCCCUACUUGGCCCGGGCUGAGGUACUAUCUUGUCAUAUCCACUUCUACUUGGUCAGUUUGCUUUCUUUGUUUAUGGAAUAUACAGUAGCAUGUUAAAAGGUUUUUUGUUUUUUUAAAGUUAAAUAUCACAUGAUUCAGAGCUUCAGUUGUUUUCCCUUUAAAUAAACAAGACAGCCCAGUCAGUUCUUUGGUUCCUUGUUUUGGACAAAACCUGUUUACUUAGAGAGGAGAUCAAGAAAAUAGUUCAGGCUUUCCCUUUAAGAGAGGGCACUGAUUUACCCUUUGGAUUCCAUGCAGGUAAAACUGAGCCCAGGAGUCUUGGGGAACAGAACAUCUUCAUCUCUAACUAGCAAACCUAGAUAGUAGUUAUCAUAGUACCGCUCUGUCGUCACCAGAAGGGACCAUGUCUGAGUCUGGAAAAUGGCAAUAAUAACAUACUUUUGAAUUUUUCCAGAGAGUUAAAAAAAACAAAAACAUGAGAAAUGUGCUUCUGUUAAGAGUAGGCACUCUUGCUAUAAUCCUGUCUCUACAGCUGUUAGAGAAUAUCUGAUUAAUCAUUGGUGAGAAGAAGAGUGUUCCAGAGAUCACUUACUAGUAGAAAAUCACGGCUGUCAGAGAAUUUUCACUUUAUUUAAAAUGAACCUCAUGCUGACACAUACAUACCAUGCACACAGUGGCAUAUUCUAAACAGAUAACAGGAAAGAAUUAACUGCUGUAAUAAAUAAAUAUAGUUCUUAAUUUGUUAAUGACAUGCAUAAUCAUCCUUUGCUAUGUAGAUUGAGUUCAUAUCAAUUUCUUGUAUUCUUAAUUUGCCAGUUUUUACUUCCUGUAGCCUUACUGUUAUACUGUAGCAUGGUUCUUAAUUGGCAACAUUUAUUGCCUGCCCCCUGCCCCACAUGUGGCAAUAUCUAGAGGCAUUUUUGUUCGUCACAACUGGGGAGAGGGAGUUACUGGCAUCUAGCGAGUAGAAGCCAGGGAUGCUGCUACACAUCCUAAAUUUACAGGACAGCCCCCUCUCCCAGCACCCAACACAGACUUAUCUGGCUCAAAAUGUCGAUAGUAUGAGGUUGGGAGACCCUGUACUAGAAGAUGCAAGCUUGUCAUCCUGCAGGUGUUUUGUUACUCCCACAUGGUAUUUUUUUUUUUUUUUAAUUUUUUUUGAUGUAGUGUUCCAUGAUUCACUGUUUGCGUAUA